CGUGAUGUGCAGCUGCCAGUACUAGUAAUGGCUGCCUGGAGAAUCUGAUACAGUGUCAGGGCACCGGGUGUUACAUUGUUACCCGCCCGUACUCGCAGCUGUGCGCCCGGUGUGGUCACAGCCCCGCAGCCCGCAGCAUGGCCCCGAAGAAAGGAGACCUGACAGACGAGGAGAAGCAGCUGAUCUCAGCUAUUUCUAAAGGCAAUGUGCAAGAAGCAGUGAGCCUACUGGGUAGUAAAGAUGUCCGGGUGAACUGUCUGGAUGAGUAUGGCAUGACGCCUCUCAUGCACGCCGCCUACAAGGGGAAGGUGGAUAUGUGCAGCCUACUCCUGCAGCACGGCGCAGAUGUCAACUGCAACGAGCAUGAACAUGGGUACACGACGCUGAUGUUUGCUUGUCUUUCAGGCAACAAGAAGAUUGUGUGGAUGAUGCUGGAGACCGGCGCUGAUACCAACGUGGUCAACUCUGUGGGAAGAACCGCAGCACAAAUGGCAGCUUUUGUAGGCCAACAUGACUGUGUAACUGUAAUAAAUAACUUCUUCCCACGUGAAAAACUGGAUUAUUACACCAAACCGCAAGGAUUAAGUAAAGAACCAAAGUUACCUGCUAAAUUAGCCGGUCCUUUGCACAAGAUUAUUACGACGACAAACCUCCAUCCUGUAAAGGUCAUUUUCCUGAUAAAAGAGAACCCGCUUCUGUUGGAGCCAGAGGCCCUGAAGAAAUGCGGCACAGUCUUAGAUCUGAUCUGUGAGAAGUGCAUGAAGCAGAAAGACAUGAAUGAAGUCCUGGCCAUUAAAAUGCAUUACUACAGCUGUAUAUUCCAGAGAUGCGCCAGUCAUCUGCAGGAGCAGGAAAACAAGCUGGACGCACUCAUAAAGAGUUUAUUGAAGGAGCGAGAUGGUGACGGGUUCCCUGUGUUUCAAGAGAAGUUCAUCCGAGAAAGCAUCCGGAAGUUUCCAUACUGCGAGGCCACACUCCUUCAGCAGUUGGUCCGGAGCAUCGCUCCGGUGGAGAUAGGUUCCGACCCCACCGCGCUCUCCGUCCUCACACAGGUCAUCACAGGACAGGUGGGCUUUGUGGACGCAGAGUUUUGUACCACCUGUGGGGAGAAGGGGGCAGAUAAACACUGCUCUGUCUGCAAGCUGGCGGUCUACUGUAACCAGAGCUGUCAGAAGCUACACUGGUUUACACACAAAAAAGUCUGUAAGAUCCUGAAGGAGAAGAGGGAGAAGCAGGAACAGGAAGCUGCCAAAGAGAAGAGGAGGCAGGAAAAGUUAUCUGCAAAAGAGGCUCAAACUGCUGCACCAGAAGAGAGGUGUGAGGCACCCGAGGAGGAGAAAACCGAAGCGCCCAAAGAAAGCGAGAACCCUGAGUCCACAGAAGGUGACGUGACGGAGAAGCCUGCAGCCUCCCCACCAACAGACCAAGCCUCUAGCGACGCGCACCAGUCACUCACACCUGAUGCGUCAGAGGAAUGAGCCCCUGAUCACCGCUACCCUCUAAAGGAAGAAACCUGUCGCUCUGCCAUGGAGCUCAAGAUCCCAGAAUGCCCUGUGAGCGGGAACCUUGCAAGACACAAUGGGACUUGUAGUUCUACAAAGAAAGGAGGUCCAAGGAUUGCCCGAGCCAGCUGUAAAGGUGUGAGAACCCAGAUUUGUGCAGCUGUGUUGGGAUCCCCCAGAUUUUCGCACUUUUACAAACUUUAGCCCUAAGUGAGGAAAACUGCUUAUACUGUCCCUAUUAGAUUUCUUUAUGCUGCCUCUAUCCGUGUGUCACAAGUGUCAUGUAUACAUUAUUCUGUGUAAUGAAGUAGCUACACGUUAUAUAUUUCACUUGGAAAGGAGUGUGAUAAACCUCUACUGUACUUUCUGUUCUGCCACACAAGAAAGCAUAGCCUCCUCCUAAGAGCCACCAUGAUGGCUAAGUUCCGCAGUUCCGUCUUGUAGCUGGUAAUUGCUAAGCCUGGCCAAAUCGUGCCCUCAUGAAGCUCAAAUAGGGGGCAGAACAUUCAGGUUUCUUGCUGCCUUAUCGUGAGGGGCAACAGUAAAGUACUUUAAUUACAGCUACAUCUGAUGAUGCAUUUUGUUAAAGCUACAAGAUGUCACCACCAGGUAAUUGUCAAUCUGACUAGACCAUGCAGUCCACUGGGGGAACAUUUCAGAAUUAUUCUACUACUACUGACAGCAUAAAGCAGCAAACCCACAUAAGAGGGUUUUUUUUACCUUUAAAUUCUUCUUAUGUUGUUUUCAUAGCUCUUCCAAAUCAUGACUUCCUUUUCAAAAUCUCUCUGGAGGGAAGAUUAGUAUGGUUGCCAGUGGCACACAGACACACACACUCACAGCUCCCAGUUUGUUAUGACAGAGGGGGCACCCCGAGCUAAGGGAGGUGUCCCAAAGCUGCUCCGCUCACUACAUCAGUGUGACUGGUUGCCAUGGGAGUUUUCAUGAUACUGUGCGGAAAAAAAUCACUGAUAGCAGCCUGAGGAACCAAUCUAAGGGACAAAUGGUAACUACCUUCCUUUCACCACAGUGAUUUCCUUUAAAACUUGGAUUGCUGCUUUACAGGAUAACUCCACCCAAAGCAAACAUGUGAGUUUGGGUGGUCAGAUAACAUGAGUAAAUAUGAGAUGGCUAUCUCCACAUUCCCGAUGGGAAGGAUCAUUUCCUAGCAGUAUGUUUAGGUACCACUUCCUCCUCAGCCCUUCCCAAGUUUUCCAUUAACUUUUUUACUUUAUAUCUUUAGAAAAUACAUUCUUGAUCCGCUCUGGAUCCUGCAAGGCAUCUGCCGGCCCAGACAAUGAUGCAGUAAACAAAUGGGUUUUAUAUGCCACAAAAAUGCAGAACUGAAAACAACUGAAUCCCGAGUACAGGUUUAUGCAAAUGUUUUCCUGUUCCAUCCAGAGGGACUGCGGACGGUCUUCCAUGAGGCGUCCUGUUUAUCGCUUCUGCUCCUGGUAACUGAUGUGUGUGAAACCUGUCUCCAUCUGGAUUAUAACAGACGUUUCAUUUGAGCAAACUGCUUUUCUUUAUUGCUUUCUGUGUCCUGUUUUGACAGUUUAUAUAAUAAAAUAUUUUCUGACUUGAAA